UUUUUACUUGUAUUUAAUUCAACGUUUGGCUCGGGCACAAAUGAAAAACCACAUAGACUGAACCGUGGCAGGCUAGCGCUAGUCUUUGCCCUGGCGACGUUAGCGUUAGCUAACGCUAGCUUUCUGACAGGACGCUUUUUUUGAUGUUUUAGGAAUGACAGUUGUUUAGCUAGCUAGGCUAGGUUAGCGCGCUGGAUAGCAUUUAGCCGUUAGCUUACGUUACUGUCGUUACACACCGACUAUAUCCUGUCACUAAAGCUAGCUAGAUGGACGCUCUAACAUGCUAAUAGGACCAUGUUCAAAAAUGUUUUUGGCUCAGGGUUUCUGGUAAGAACAGCUCAUGUGAUUUUGACAUGGGUCAUAGCAUUAAUACUCUUCCUACAUGAUACAGAGCUGAGGAAGCAGGAGGAGACAGGCCAGCUUGUCCAGCCUGUGGUCUUUGUCCUGUUGGUCCUGGUGUCGGUGUUGCUGUAUUUCGCCGUUUCUCUGAUGGACCCAGGGUUCAUUUUGUCUGAUGACAGCGAUUUACAGUUCACGCUGGGGGUGACGGAGGAGCAGCAGGACAUGAUCCCACCCACCACCAAAUCCCUUCGACAGCGCCGUUGUGGCCACUGUCUGCUGCAGCAGCCAAUGAGAUCCAAGCACUGCCAGACGUGUCAGCACUGUGUCCGGCGUUACGACCAUCACUGCCCCUGGAUCGAGAACUGUGUCGGGGAGAGGAACCACCGCUGGUUUGUGCUGUACCUAGCUGUCCAGCUGCUAGUGCUGCUGUGGGGGCUGCACAUCGCCUGGACGGGCUUCAGUUACGCACCCACGUGGCAGCUGUGGUUGCGUACCAACGGCGUGCUGCUGGCCGUGGCCGUGCUGGUGGCGCUGCUCUCCCUGAUCGUGCUGCUCCUGCUCGGCUCCCACCUCUACCUGGUGUCUCUCAACACCACCACCUGGGAGUUCAUGUCCCGCCACCGCAUCUCCUACCUCAAACACUGCGGCGCUGAUGAAAAUCCCUUUGACCGCGGCACCUUCCACAACCUUUGGGGUUUCUUCUGCGUGUGGGGCACAGUGGUGUGGGAACAGGUGUACUUCAGGGAGGGCAGCGACCAAGUCUAGUGACCCAUGACAAGCAGAAACGCACGGAAAGGAAUCUCACCCAUGAUCAACCUUUUUUGGUUUUUGGGAUCAGACACAAACUAUCCUGGUGUGCGGUUUACAUUUUAUGUAAACACUAAUGUUGUCAUCCCACAUUUCCGUUCAUAUCAACAUAUUUUCUUUCAUUGGUUCAUCCCUGCACUAUUGUUACAGUCCGACUGUUUUUUCCCCCUCUCCCCGUGUAACAGUUUGAAUCGCAGGUUACCAGCACUACAGCCCUUAUUCAAACUUCCAAUUGUUUACAACCAUUCAAGUAUAGAGUACCAUUUCCCCAAGGCACUUUACUAAUCGAUUUCAAGGCUUUAAGUAAAGCUAGUCAUAAAGCCC